UUUGGACUUUGGCUUUCUUUACCACCAUCGUCAUCAUCUACAGAUAGAAGAAUUAAAAAAUUCUGCUGUUGCAGUCAGACACACACUACCAAAUCAUUCAAUCAUCCAUUAACAUCAUCAUCUCAAUCUUCUUUCAAUGCUCAAAUCGAUGCCCUAAUUGCCAAAUCAUUUCUUGAAGUAAUUCAUCAAUCCAUGGAGAAAAUCAAGGGUCAUUCCUCUAUACUCAUUAUCGACACACACACAGAGUCCUCACAUGGAAUUACUGUGAUUCAACUUCGAAGUUUGAAUUUUUCUUGCAGUUAUUGAGGUUGUUCGAAUUGCACGCAACCCUAUGAGUAGCCAUUCUUCUUCUUCGUGACUAUCGGCGUACAGUUUUCCAAGAAUCCCAAUCUCAAAUCCAUGGAGAUUCUUCGUAGCUUCGACAAUUUGGGGUUUCUCUGAGUAAGCUAAGCUUCAUCGUCUUCAUUCUUAACUUUCUUGUUUUCCUGAAAUUUGCUUGUUUCCUUCUUGGGGUUUCAUUUAAUCUUGCUUUUCGUCAAUUCCUGUACUUCGAUUAGGGCAUAUUUGGACCAAACCAGAAGAAUUUAAUCGUUCGAUUGUAAAACUCUUCUGCCCUAAUUCCACUCAAGAACAACACUCUGUGCCCUAAUUUCUAUCCAUCUUUUCAUCUAACUGCGUCGAUUUUGAAUGAAUUCGACAUUGAUGAAGUUUGCAGAUUUUACCUAUUUUGAAUCAUAAACCCUAACCUUUCUUCAUCACUCCAUUAAUGGAGACCAGAAAGCUCCUGUGGCCAAUGGCAUUGGUCUUCUCAGUCAUUUUGUUGCUUCAGUACAUCGAACUUCCGUACGGUUAUGUUCUUUCGUCUCUGUUAUCUUUCGGCAAGUCUCAGGUCACCUCCGCCGGCGGUUUCCUCGCCGGCGCCGCCGCUGCAAGUAACAUCAAUCCUACAACUGAGGUUCUUCAUAAUGCAACUAAGCUACCCGAUCCGCCGAAUCGAAAUCGAACCGAUGAGUCGAAUAAGUCCUCCAACGCCUCCUCCGGCGCUGCUAAUUACGGUCGCGCCGCCGGUUAUCCGCCGCAAGAUAUUCCGGUGAAAAAUCGCAGCUCGAAAGAUGAGACAUCGGCAGGAAACAAGAGUGUUUCGUUGUCUAUGUUUGUAAACAAUUCAAAUGCAGGGCCGCGAACCGAUCUCGCGGAUUCUGUUUAUAAUUCUUCGAGCGCAGUUAAGUCUCCGGCGAAGCGAAAAUGGAUAAAGGGACCUCCGGCCGUCGUCGUGCCGAUAUCCGCAAUGAAUGAUAUGCUGCGUCAAAGUCGCGCGUCGUAUCUUGCGAAACCUCGGUGGCCUUCCCGAGCCGAUGGCGAGUUAUUGAAUGCGCAAAAAUUGAUCGAGAGUGUGAGAAUCGUCGACAAGAUCCCUCGGGUCGACGAUGAUGUUUAUAGAAACUACUCUGCAUUCGUACGUAGCUAUGAGUUGAUGGAGCAGAGUCUCAAGAUUUACGUCUACGACGAAGGAAAACGGCCAAUUUUCCAUCAGCCGGAGAUGAGCGGAAUAUAUGCGUCGGAGGGAUGGUUCAUGAAGCAGAUAGAAGAAAGCGAGCGUUUUCGCACGAAAAACGCUAGCGACGCACAUCUCUUCUACCUACCGUUCAGUUCGCGCGUAUUGCAAGAGACGUUGUACGUGAAGUAUUCCCACAGUCGCAAGAACAUGGUCGCAUUCUUGAGCGAUUACCUUCGAACAAUCGCCGCGGCUUAUCCGUUUUGGAAUCGAACCUCCGGAGCCGAUCACUUUCUCGUCGCCUGUCACGACUGGGCGCCAUCGGAGACGAAAAGAAUAAUGAGGAAUUGCAUCCGAGCGUUGUGCAACGCGGACAUACGAGGAGGUCUUCAGUUCGGGAAAGACGUGUCGCUACCCGAAAUCUUUGUCCGCAACGCCUCGGAUCCUCUCAAAGAUGUCGGAGGCAAACCGCCGUCCCAAAGGCGUACCCUCGCCUUCUUCGCCGGAAACAUGCACGGUUAUUUCCGACCGAUAUUGCUCGAUUACUGGCAAGACAAGGAUCCGGAGAUGAAGAUCUUCGGGAAGCUGCGCCCGGGGAAGGGCCGGAAGACGUAUAUACAGUACAUGAAGAGCAGCAAGUAUUGCAUUAGCGCGAAAGGCUACGAGGCGUAUACGCCGCGCGUGAUGGAGGCUAUUUUUUACGAGUGCGUCCCGGUGAUCAUAUCCGACAACUAUGUGCCGCCGUUCUUCGAAACUCUGAACUGGGAGUCGUUCGCCGUGUUCGUUCUUGAGAAGGAUACGCCGAAUUUGAAGAGAAUACUCGAGUCGAUCCCGGAAAAGACAUAUCUGAAGAUGCAGGAGAGGGUACGGCGGGUGCAAAAGCACUUCUUGUGGCAUAUGAAGCCGGUUAAAUUCGACGUCUUUCACAUGAUACUUCAUUCGAUUUGGUACACCCGAGUUUUUCAGAUUAGGCCGUCGUGA